AUGCGCCUUCGAGUCGCGCUUUCCAGCCUACCGAUCUUCCGCAUUCGAGUCCCCACCAUGGCUGACGUCAUAAGGGGGCUCAGCAGACCGCUCGGCGCGCAGCAGCAAGCAGCGGCACUCGCGCCGGCACGCGCGGCUCCAUCGGCCGCCCCUACGCGGACCGCUCAGUCGCUGUCAUUUCCCACUGGCCUCGCCUUGCCUCUCCUUGCUCGAGCCGCUCUCCCGUUAGCGUCGCGACUCUCCUUUGCUGCUGCCCCCGCCGCCAUCACUCCCGCCGGCUGCUUUCCCCGCUGCCGAUCCGCCCCUCACGCGCGCACAGGCUUUAUCCGCGACCCUUCGUUUCCCGCGGAGUGCUCCAGGCGGCGCACACGUGCUUUGCUCUCCGCGUUCCGCCCGCGCGGAGAAUGCCGCGCGCAGGCGCACGAUAGCGCGGCUUCUAUGCCGACUCCAGAGAGUCCCGCGGCAGCUCCCGCGGGGGAAGGCUCCGCGGAGCGCAGGGAUGGCGGAGCGGCGGAAGCGGCGGACGGCGCGGGGAGCGCGCAAGGGGAGCCGUUUUUGGUGCUCAACUUUUACCACUUUGCUGACGUGGAGGAUGCCCAUGGUGACGUGGAGCGGCACCGUGCGUUCCUACAGGAGCGGGACAUCCGAGGCCGGAUAUACAUCAGCCACCAGGGCAUCAACGCUCAGCAGUCCGGCCUCGCGCACUUGUCAGUCUCCCGUUCCCCUCUCUGUCGUCUCUCGCAGCUCAGCGUGCCAGCCUCACACGUGAUGGAUGGAGUGCGCCGACUCAGCGGGCCGGCCUCUCACGUGAUGGAGUAUGCCGAGUGGGUGCGCAGCGACCAGCGCUUCACCGGGGUGCCGCUGCAGCUGUCGCCCUCCCCCAUCGGCCACGCCUUCCCACGCCGCCGCCUGCGCUACAAGCCCGCCCUCGUGCAGGUGGGCUGUCCUGCCAGCACUACACUGUACCUUUUCCUGAGCACAGGGACAGCUGUCGACCUCUCCUGUGGGCCACGCCUUCCCGCGCCUCCGCCUGCGCUACAAGCCGGCGCUCGUGCAGGUGAGUGGUCGUGGCUGCACCACACUGUACCUUCCGUUGUGCAGGUGAGUGGUCGUGGCUGCACCACACUGUACCCUCCGUUGUGCAGGUAUGGAGCAACUCCCCGGAAGUAUGGAGCAACUCCCCGGAAGUAUGCAGCAACUCCCCGGAAGUAUGGAGCAACUCCCCGGAAGUAUGGAGCAACUCCCCGGGCUCCCUCACAGAGGUAUGGAGCAACUGUCGGGCGACCUGUGUGCCGCGAGGCCCGUGUCUCACGCUCGCCGCACAUCCUCCUCUCCCCCCCCCCCGUGCUUCCGCACCCUCCCCCGUGCCCCACCAUCAGCUGUCUGCGGACCUGUGGCAGGCGGCAUGGAGCAGCUCUCGGCGGACCUCUGUGCCGCCACGCCCCUGUUGCCCGCUCGCCCACACACUCUCCCCCCCCCCCCCGUGCUUCCCCCCUUCCCCCCAUGACUUUCCCCCAUCAGGUGGCAGGAGGCAUGGAGCAGCUGUCUGCAGACCUGUGUGCCGCCACGCCCCUGUCGCCCGCUGAAUGGCGCAGCAAGAUCGACCAGAUGCAGCGGGGGGAGGGUGAGGGGGGUGGGGAGGCGGACAGGGAAAGGCGGCAAGGGGAGGACAAUAAGGGGCGUGGGGAGGAGGCAGUUGCGCGCACCAAGAAGAUAAUGCUGCUGGACGUGCGCAAUGGUGGGUGCUUUGUGUUCAGGCAUGCUGGAUGUGCCGUGCGCAAUGGUGGGUGCUUGCUGGUAGGCACGCUGCUCUAUCUCCUUUCCCAAGCCACCAUGGCUUCCACUCCUACAGCAACCACUUCUCGUACGCCACCCUCAGAGUCUCGUGGUAGUUCCGCUGGUGGGACCUCUUCUAGUACGUCUUUGGUCUGCAUGGACAGCAAGCACGCAGUCUACCGUCACUUCAAGGUGCCGGCCAAUAGCGUUGGCGAGAACGGCACCAAGGUGUGUGCCUACUGCAACUUCACGUUUGUUGGCGGGGUUCACCGUUGCGCGCAGCAUAUCACCAGCUGGAACGGCAUGCGCCGUCGCGAAGUGCAUCUCUGCACUGCAGCGCCGAAGACUGCACGUGACGCCGUGAAGGCGCUUUACGAGUCCAAGUUGAAGGCCCGUGAAGCGAAGCGUGUGGCUGAAAUUGCGGCGGUCGGCGCAGUCAACGGCAGAGGUUCGGACAAGAAGAAGAGUCGGAUGACCGACUUCUACGGCGACGACGCCGCGUGCGCGAACCAAGUUGCGGACGAGGCCAUAAGCCUCUUCUUUGCCGCUCUUCAUGUGCCGGAGCAUCACGCGGACCACCCACUGUGGCGGAAUGUGGUCUCCAGCAUCCAGCGCGCGGGGCCGAAUUACGUCGCGCCGAAGAGACGCUACAUCGGUGGCGCCGGUCUUGCAAAGUGUCGCCAACGCAUUGAGGCGGCGCUCGCUCCUAUCUCAGCAAGCUGGCGCCGUGACGGUGUCACCGUGGCAAGCGACAUGUUCUCCGACAAGGCCGGCCGCCCGCAAGCCAACGUGCUCCUCAUCAACGAUAGCGGUGCAGUGUUUGUGGAGUCGAUCGACACGAAGAUGGAGAUGAAGACCGGGGGCUACAUCGCGUGCAUCUUGCGGCCCAUCAUCGAAAAGGUCGGCCCCGAGAAUGUCGUCGCCUUGUGUUUUGACGGCGGCUCCAACUACGCGGCGGCAUGCAGGGUGUUGAUGCGCGAGUAUCCCCACAUUGAACACAUCCCUUGCGCGACCCAUGUCCUCGAUCUCCUGAUGGAGGACAUCGGGAAAAAGGGAUGGGCGAAGGACAUCGUCACGCACGGGGACACCCUCAUCUCGUUCGUCCGCAACCAUCACUUCACCCGAGGAUACGUGCGGAGUCCGCUCGUGAACGGCGGCAAGGGGAAACAGGUUCUCAAGCCCGCGGGAACCCGAUUCGGCACCAACUACAUCGCCAUCAACCGCCUCUGUGAAGUGCGCGCCAGCCUGACACAGAUGGUCCUCAGCGAUGAGUGGGUCGAGUGGACUGCGGCUGCAGACAGGGCUGGGGCAGACACAUUCAAAGACAACAUCCUCGAUGCCGCGUGGUGGACGCGCGCCGAGUUCUUCGCUAAGCUGAUGAGGCUGCCAUUCGUCGUCAUGCGCAAGACUGACUCGGAUUCGAAGGGCAUGAUGGGUCGUCUCUACGACCUCAUGCUCCAGCUCACCGAGGACAUCCGCGACUUCCUCGACGAGCAUGCGGAAGGGGUCCUGACAAGCGACGAGGUGGGGGAUAUUCGGGAGAUCGUGCAGGACCGCUGGGACAACGGGCUGGCGUGCAACCUGCACGUGAUUGGCCGCAUCCUCUACCCCACCAACCAGGAAGAGUGCAUUUUCCGCACCGACCUGGAGUGCACGAGGGUCUUCAAGCAGUACGUCUCCAAGCACCAUGGUGACAAGACGGUCACCAGGAAGGAUGGGGUCGAGCGCCGCGCCUCUCUCGUCAUCCAGGAAGGCCUCAAUGCCUUCCUGAACCUCCAAGGCAGCUUCGGCAUGCUCGACGCUAUUGCCGACCGCCAGGCAGUGAAGGAGGGCAAGAUGACGGCGGCUACGAGUGGGACGUGGGCCAUUUUGCCGGGGCUGUGCGCCCUUUUGAGUCGACUCAAAAGCUACGAGUGGGACGUGGGCCAUUUUGCCGGGGCUGUGCGCCCUCCGGUUGACAACUUCCGAUCCACUGAGUUCGGCCUGCAGGAGGAACACACUGAAGCCACCACAGCAGAGCAGCAGCAGCAGCUUCAGCAGCAACAACAGCAGGAGGAAGAGGAGGCAGGGAGGCAGGAGGAGGGUGCAUACGACCCGCUAUCAGAAGCAGACAAGGAGGAGACAGAGGUGCUCAUGUACUGCACGGGGGGCAUCCGCUGUGACGUGUACUCCGCACUGCUCAGACAGCAGGGCUUUAAACGUCUCUACACCCUUGAGGGCGGCGUCGCCCGGUACAUGCGCGAGCAGGGCGGCGACCACUGGAACGGGCGGCUUUUUGUGUUUGACUCGCGGCUGGCUGUGCCGCCCAGGGAUUACCAGGUCGGGGGGAAGGUGUUGCGGGCUGCGGAGGAGGAGGGGGUGGAGAGGGUUGGGGAGGUGCUGGGUGAGGUGUUGGGGGGGAUGAUGGGGGCGGUGGAAGGGGAGGAGGAGGAGAGUGUGGGGUGUCAGAGGUGUGGAGGGCGGUUGGAGGAGGUGAAGCAUCGCAACUGCGCCAACUCGGACUGCAACGCCCUCAUUCUGUUCUGCUCCACGUGUGCCCAAGCUAUGAAUGGCGCCUGCAGCACAGAGUGUGCUGCUGCUCCUCGCCUGCGCCCCUUCCUCGCCCGCCCAGAGCCCUACCAGCGACUGCACACCUACCUGCCCACCGCCCCCCCUCCUCGCCUCCCGGGGUACGUGUCCCGCCGCGCCCUCAAGCGAAGAGCGCGUAAGGCCAGACGCCUUGCAGCAGCGGAGGGGGGUGAGGGGCAGGGGGCAGGAGAGGGAAGGGAGGAGGGUCAAGAGAUGGGUCGGGGCCAGGAGGUGGAGGUAGCUGCUUAA